CUUAUGACGAGAAAAUAAAAACAAGUAAUAAACUUUUUUCUCACGUACAUCUAAAUUUAAAUUACGCGGUCAAUGUUGUUAUUUUAGCCAACGGUUGGUAAUGCUUAUUUAAACUUACUAGCUAUAUAUAUAUUUGAAUUCGAUCCCUCAUUUGUGCAGACGCGUAUGCGCAGGCGGGUACUAAUAAUAAAGCAUAAAUAUAAUGCCUCGAAACAUUAGCUACUACUGUCGUGAUUAUGAUAGUGUAACUGUUCGUGUUUAAGAAAAAGUCAUUGAAAUAAGCUAAGCCAAAAUAGAAUUAAAUAACAUUCGUUCCUCCAUUAGUGAUUCAAAAUAAAUGUUAAAUACUGCAACUAUCAUCGCUUUCAGAUUACUAGUGACGUUCAUUUGCAACAAGUGAAAUAAACAGUCGUUUAAGUACCAGACUUAUGCUUCGCACGUUUGCGCAACAAUAACAAGUGACUGCGAUCACGUACCACUAGGAGUGCGAAAUGAAAAAGAAUCUAUCAAGCAAAAACCCACAUGGUUGUAAAAUUGCAUGUCAGUCUAUAAAUAAAAUCGUGUAUAUAAGAAGAAACUAUACGAAAGUCGCGCAAAAUAUAUUAAAUAGCGUAAAAGCAAUUGGAGAAUAUUUGCAGCGGUCUGAGCAGUGGUCAGCUUGCAGUUUGAAUCACAUGAUGCGUGUGAUACAUCAUAGGAUUAACACCAGACACAUUCGUGAUACGACGUAUCAUUUCGGCUGAUCAACGCCACAAUAUAACCACAGUAGUGAAUGAUAUAUAAAAUCGCAGUAGCAAGUUGAUUCGAUCAGCUGGUUUGCGGCGUGGACUCGCCACUAAGCACGAUGGCAGACAACAGUUCCACGCGAAAAAUGUCCUUCGGUUUCAACGGCAAGAUGAAUGGUGUCGAAGGCAAAACACCCUUUCUCAUCGGCGUUUCCGGCGGCACAGCCAGCGGCAAGUCCACAGUCUGCAAAAGGAUAAUGGAAAAACUCGGCCAAGUAGAUAAAGAUCACACAGAGCGUCAAGUGGUGUGCAUAUCGCAGGACAGUUUCUACAGAGAUUUAACGCCCGCUGAAAAAAUCAAGGCAGAGAAAGGCCAAUUCAAUUUCGAUCAUCCCGAUGCAUUCAACAACGAUUUGAUCCUAAAAAUUCUGAAAGAUAUAUUGGCCGGAAAGAAGUGUGAAAUUCCCGCUUAUGACUUCAGGACAAAUAGUUUAAUCAAGGAUCAGAUCACGGUCAUUUAUCCAGCCGACGUUGUUUUGUUCGAGGGAAUACUCGUCUUCUAUUUCCCGGACAUAAGGGACCUCUUCCACAUGAAACUCUUUGUCGACACGGAUUCGGAUACGAGACUGGCUAGGAGAGUUCCAAGGGAUAUUAAUGAGAGAGGACGAGAUUUGGAAUAUGUAUUGAAUCAGUAUAUGAAUUACGUAAAGCCAGCUUUUGAAGAAUUUUGCUUGCCCACGAAAAAAUUUGCUGACGUUAUCAUUCCUCGGGGAGCCGAUAACACAGUGGCAAUAGACCUUAUAGUGCACCACAUCUGGGACAUUUUGCAGUCUAAAAAGGCUGGUUCCACACCCGGGCAGCAUCCAUACAUCGAUCAUAGGAGAGUGUCUACAUCUUCAGAUUUCCUCAAGAGAUGAUUGAAUUAUCAUUGAACUCACCAUUCAAUUAUUAUAGUCCUUAUGCUUAUAUACAAAUUUCCAUUUUUUCUUACAUGUUUAUAAUGCAUUUUACAUAUACACAAGAUUUGAUAUAUUAAUUUUCAUACGGGAUAUGAACUGCAUGCAAAUUUUACAUAAUAACAAUAUUAAAAAAAUAAUUCAAUGUAUAAAAAGGGUGCAAGUGAAUAACAGUAUUUUUACAGCUUUUAAUAAUAAAUAAUUUUUGUUAUAAAAUCAAUAAUUUCGAAAGUUUGCUUAGCAAUACGUUAAAAACCAAUGUUAAUUACUAUUACAAAUAGCUGUAGAACUUAAACAAUUUAUAUUUGAUUUUGUACUACGGCGUUUAAGAUUAUUCAAUCUAUUCAUUUUAUAUAUAUACUUCCAUUCAAGGCAUAAUAUUCAUCAAAGUAGUCAAUUAUUAUUGAUGUUCAAAUUUAGAAAAAAAUAUACAUGUUUUUUUUAAUGUUUUUUGUAAAUAUUAUGCACAAACCUAAUUUACAAGUUGUGUAGAAAUCCUGAUUAUACAAUUUGUAUUAUCAUUAUACAUUUACUUAUUUGAUAAGUUAGAAUCUAGCCAAAAUGCAUUUAAAGUAUGUCAUUAUAAAUAUGCAAGCGUCUUUAUAAUUCAUCACUAUAAUCACGUACUGUGCCUAACUGUUAAAAAGAACCAUAGUUUGAUAGAAUGGCGACAUAAUGCAUGCUGUAACGAAAAUUUUAAUUAUAACGAUAUUUUUCAAAUAUAUAUUGUAAUUGACUAGUAAUUAACUAUAUUGGUUUUUUUUUCUUCUUUUCCAUUGUG